CACACACCUUUGUUCUUUCUCUCGGCAGAUAUGAGCCGCAGGAUGGGGUGCACGGCGCUGGUAGGCAUCGGGCAGCAGAUGCUGCGGCGGAAGGUGGUGGACUGCAGCUGGGAGGAGAGCCGGCUGUCCCGCUGCCUCAACACGUUUGACCUGGUGGCGCUGGGGGUGGGCAGCACGCUGGGGGCCGGCGUCUAUGUGCUGGCCGGGGCCGUGGCCCGGGAGGACGCGGGGCCCGCCAUCGUCGUCUCCUUCCUGGUGGCCGCGCUGGCCUCCGUGCUGGCCGGCCUCUGCUACGGCGAGUUUGGCGCUCGGGUCCCCAAGACGGGCUCGGCCUACCUCUACAGCUACGUCACCGUGGGCGAGCUCUGGGCCUUCAUCACCGGCUGGAACCUCAUCCUCUCCUACAUCAUCGGUACUUCGAGCGUAGCCAGAGCCUGGAGCGCAACGUUUGACGAGCUGAUUGGCAAGCCAAUCGGGGAGUUCUCGCGGACGCACAUGGCCCUGAAUGCGCCCGGGGUGCUGGCCGAAAACCCGGACAUAUUUGCCGUGAUCAUAAUUCUCAUCUUAACAGGACUUUUAACUCUGGGCGUGAAAGAGUCAGCCAUGGUCAACAAAGUAUUCACGUGUAUCAACGUUCUGGUCCUGGGCUUCAUCAUGGUGUCGGGAUUUGUGAAAGGAUCGAUUAAAAACUGGCAGCUCACGGAGGAGGAUUUCCAGAACACAUCUGAGCGCCUCUGCCUGAACAAUGACACGGAGGAGGGGAAGCCUGGUGUUGGGGGGUUCAUGCCCUUCGGGUUCUCCGGUGUCCUGUCGGGGGCAGCCACCUGCUUCUACGCGUUCGUGGGCUUCGACUGCAUCGCCACCACAGGGGAGGAGGUCAAGAACCCCCAGAAGGCCAUCCCCGUGGGCAUCGUCGCGUCCCUCCUGAUCUGCUUCGUCGCCUACUUCGGGGUGUCGGCCGCCCUCACACUCAUGAUGCCGUACUUCUGCCUGGGCAAGGACAGCCCCCUGCCAGACGCCUUCAAGCAGGUGGGCUGGGAGGGCGCCAAGUACGCAGUGGCCAUCGGCUCCCUCUGUGCCCUUUCCACCAGCCUUUUAGGGUCCAUGUUUCCCAUGCCUCGAGUGAUCUAUGCCAUGGCUGAAGAUGGGCUGCUGUUUAAAUUUUUGGCCCAGAUCAACAGUAGGACCAAAACACCAGUAAUCGCCACGUUAACCUCAGGUGCCAUUGCUGGUGUGAUGGCCUUCCUCUUCGACCUGAAGGACUUGGUGGACCUCAUGUCCAUUGGCACUCUGCUGGCCUACUCUUUGGUGGCUGCCUGUGUGCUGGUCUUACGGUAUCAACCAGAGCAGCCUAACAUGGUAUACCAGAUGGCCAGGACUAGCGACGAGCUGGAUCCCGUCGACCAGAACGAGCUGGUGAGCACCAGCGAUUCCCAGACGGGCUUUUUACCAGAAGCAGAAAAGUUUUCUCUGAAAACCAUACUCUCACCCAAAAAUACAGAGCCUUCCAGAUUCUCUGGGCUAAUUGUGAACGUCUCAACCAGCCUCAUAGCCCUGCUGGUCAUCACCUUCUGCAUGGUGGCUGUGCUGGGCAAGGGGGCCCUGGUAAAUGGGGAGUUGUGGGCAGUCUUCGCGCUCAUGGCCUCCGCCUUCCUCUGCUGCAUGGUCACAGCCAUCAUCUGGCGGCAGCCCGAGAGCAAGACCAAGCUCUCGUUCAAGGUGCCCUUCUUGCCGGUCCUUCCCGUCCUGAGCAUCUUUGUGAACGUCUAUCUCAUGAUGCAGUUGGACCAAGGCACAUGGAUCCGGUUUGCAGUGUGGAUGCUGAUAGGCUUCUUCAUCUACUUUGGCUAUGGUCUCUGGCACAGCGAGGAGGCGUCCCUGGCCGCCGACCCAGCACAGACUCCUGACGGUCACGUGGGCCACUGCAAGUGACGCACGGCCCUGUCCCCAAGGCCCCGGCAGCACCUCGCUCCCCCCACGCGUGCACGGGACCCGCCCGCACCCACGGCGCGCGGGGCUGCGACGGGGCGGCCCACGGCCCGCGUGUCCUGCUCGGGCCGGCUCGCUGGGCCCGUCACCUGGCAGCUCCCAGCUGGGGCCACGGGGCCGAGGCUGCCCACCUGCCUCUGAGCCUCUCUCCGAGCGAGACAGCAGCCCUUCUCCUCGCCGGCCGGGCGCCCCUGCUGCUGCGGCCUUGGGCAGAAUGGAGGUCACCUGAGCACCUGAGCCGUCCGGCCUCCCUUCCAGGGACUGUUCUGGACACUCCAGUCCCCGCCUCCCCGCCCAGCCCCGAACAGCCGCCCCAGAUGCCAGCCGAGCACCACGACACGGUCUGUCCCCGGCUGUGCCGCCCCGAGCCUGCGGACUGCGGUUUAGUUUCCUUGGGAAGGAAAACGAGACGGUCUCCUUCCCCUGUUUCUGCCCUCUGAGCUGCCUCCAGAGGUC